AUGUGUGAAAAAGAGUUCAGACGGGUGUAUCGAGAAAGCUUAAGCUGGCAUAGACGGAUGCGUACAGUAUACGUCAACAGGGUGGAAAUAGUUUACCCUCUCACAGGAGAAGAAUUCAGAAACGCACUGAGCUUGUUAAAGUUGUUGCUACGAGUAGGCGGGAAAGACCCCCCGUGGUACAGGCUUUUAGAUAGAACUAAAGAGUUGCCGUGCGAUGUAAAUAAAUCGCACAGGGUGGAGGUGGAAAUUUAUUCUGAACGUAGAUCCAAGAAGAAGCCGAAUUCAGAACAGGGCUUAUUUUUCAACAAGCAGGGUGCAUGUGGGGUGGUGAUGGGAGAAGCAGAGUGGGGGCCGGGAAAGAGAGGAGGCGAAGAUGGAGGAGGAGAUGGUGGAGGUUUGGUUUUCGGGAAGAUGGUUGGAACUUAUGUAGCAGAGAAAAAGCGUGCGGCGCGACGUUUGCAGCAGGGAUUGCAGGUUUCUGAAAGCGUGGCUCGCUGA